GCGUUGCAGCGGCAUGGUGACACACAAAAAACGAGCAAUAGUUAGGGUGGUUUAAUGGAACUAAAUAUACGCAUUACUAUGCAAAUGUUAAAAGGACUGAUUGAUCGAGCGAAUGGAUUUGAGCGAAGGAUCUGUUUUGGGCGUGUUCACAUGCGAGUUGUGUGAAUUAUCCAGUCCGUACUCAUUUUAUGGACAGAAACCUCCAAACACAAGAGCUAUUGUGCUUUUAGAAGAAUGUUAUGGCAUGAGAGAUCCCUUUAGCCCAGAUAAAGAAAAGUUCCUUGUUUUAGGAUCAAAGUGCUGUGUGUGUAAUAAGAUGGUGUGCGUUAGCACGGACUGCAGUCUGUUCUACACCAAACGCUUUUGCUUGCCAUGUGUGCGGAAUCACAUUCAUCAGUUUCCAGAACAGAUUCAAAAUGAGCUGGCAAAGAAAAGGAACGUCCAUAAGACGUCCUAAAUUCUCAUCAUUCUGGAUAAGAGGACAUUCAUGAACCUAACAUAUUUCUUGACAUAAUACAAUUUUAAUAAUAGUAAUUUGCACGUUUGUUUGUAUUUUAUGUUUUAUUGCUUGUUUGUAUAGGGAAAUAGUCAUUUUAACUGCGUACAUGACCACUACCAGAGGCAGGAAAAACACAUUUAAUCCAUCUUUUGGAUUAAUUAAUCUAAUAUAUGAUAAAACAUAAAUCUGAUUAGUGAUUCUGUAAGAUUUUACCAAGACACUUUUAUCCAAAAUAAUGUACAGUGCACUGAAGCUGAAAAUGUGUAAGGAAGUGUGUUCCCUGGGCCUUGAACCUAUCUAUGAUCCUGGUUUUGCAAAGGCCAUGUUCUACCAACUGAGCCAUAAAAACAUACUUUUUUUUUUCUUUAUUCAUGCAACAAAUAUAUAAUAAAUGGC